AUGUCAGAUUCUCUCGCACCACCAGGACGCUCAUUCUUUGGGUCGAUCCGAAAGCUCGGUCGCAAGAACAGCAACAGCAGCACCAAAUCUACACACUCAAACAACUCAGACACUUCAACGCGAUCAGCAGGACCCCGAAACCCAUUUUCGGGAAGCGCAGGACGACGAACUCCCAGCCCAAACCCAAAUCCAUUCUCAAAUGCCUCUCCCGCAACCCGUCGUCCAGACCGUCCGGGAAUGAACGCUUUUACCGUCCCUUCCAAUGAGCCACCGCCAGCGUACACCCCAAGCCCAACCGCGAAAUCUGGUCAAACUGUUGCGUUUGAACUGCCAUCCCCAUCACACGCAGCACCACCACCGAUCGCAUCAUCAUCAGCACCAGGUGGCGAUGACCCGUACUCCUUCCUUGGAACAUUCGACACGGUUCUCCUCAUCGACGACUCAGGCUCUAUGGCCGGGCGUUCAUGGCGCGAGGUUUCACAAGCCCUCUCCACCAUCGCACCCAUCAUCACUCGAUACGACCAAGACGGAAUCGACGUUUACUUCCUGAACCACAAAUCCACCGAUGCAGGUAACUUAGCAGAGGGCAUCGCACCAUCCGGCUACAGAGGCAUCACCCGCGCCGAAACCGUCACAGGAAUCUUCGAGCGCGUCCGUCCAACGGGAUCAACACCCACCGGAACCCGCGUCCAACACAUUCUCAAACCCUACCUUGCCAAGUGCGACAAGGAGCUCAAAGCCGGCCGAGACGUCAAGCCACUGAAUCUCAUCGUUCUAACCGAUGGUGUUCCAAGCGAUGAUUUAGAAUCCAUUCUCCUCAAGGCCGCGCAAAAACUUGAUAACUAUGAUGCCCCACCCUCCCAAGUGGGUGUUCAGUUUUUCCAAGUCGGUAACGAGAAUGGUGCUAGAGAGGCGCUCGAGGAGCUAGAUGAUCAACUCAGUGAAAGGGUUCAGGGCGGUGUUCGCGAUAUAGUUGAUACUGUUACCUGGACUGGCGGUGUUGCAGCUUCUGAAGGCGGAAUUGGUCUCACAGGCGACGCGAUUUUGAAGGUUGUCCUUGGCUCUGUGAUCAAAAGAUUAGAUCGCAAGCGUGCGAGCGGAGAUGUGAGCAGACCAAGACGCUCAUAG